CACAGCAUGUCCUUGCUGGACUAUUGGGAUACUCGACGUCCCUCCGCGAAGCGCAGGAAAACGAUCCAGAGGGACUCUGCGAAAGGAUGUGGCGACGACAACCACAACGACUGCGAUAGUCCUUUGGUGAAGGAACCGGAGACGCCACUGACCGUCCAGGUAGACGACUAUCCCACUCCGGUUUCAUCCGGAGUGGGGGAACUACAGGAGGACACUGCAGCUCCGUCGAACAGUCAAACCGAUCUCGAGUCUUCCCUUCCUGCCAUCCAGGCUGACGACCACGCAAUCGAGGAGUAUGAAUCCUCUCAAGCGGCAGACCAGGACGAGCCAGAUCUGCGACAAAGACUGCAGGAUGGCAAAUGGCGCAAGGGCCGGAGCUCCAUCUACGUGGACGCCUUCAAUCUGGCGCUGGAAACUGUGCUAGAGGAAGAGGCGCAUCUGUUCGAUGAGGCGGAGAUGGAGGUUUUCAGGCAGUGGCGGGAAUUGGAUUACGAGGCUCAGUAUCUAUAUGUUCGCCUCUUCCUCCGAAAAACCUCCGCCUGGCACCGCAUCAAUCGGCUAGGGUACUACUCGGAUAUCGCAGACAUGCCCCGGGUAGUGGCGGAGCUGCGACGCGCUCGAGACCUUCCUGUGUCGAUCUCAGCGGAUGGAAAUUCCGCCAAUGUCGACACGUUCCCUGCCGAUGCUCUUGCUACAUUAGGUCUUGAUGGCGAAUUCAGAUUCGCCGAGGAGAUGGAUCAGAUUACCACGCUGGAAGAAGCGUCGUCGCUGCUACUCCUCGAGGAGUUGAAGACCCUCGCGAAGGACGCCAAGGUGCAAGGGAAAAGCAAAAAGGAGCUCAUUACAGCCCUGCACUCAUCCAGUCAGACACAGACGGGCUUUGACUGGAACAACAAGCCCAACGGCAACCGAGACGACCAUUUCAUACAGAAGAUCCUCGACUAUACCGGAGACUGCAUCCGACUUGCGUCCGGACCGCGUGCCCUGUUCGAACGAGUCCAUCUUGUCUUCUACAGAUCCACAGAAUGGACAGAGAAGUCCCUCACCACCAUCAUCCUCGCAAAGAUCUCCCGCAGAACCUUUCCCGAAUACGUGGUCUGUCGAUCCAACUCGAUCUUCUCCUCCAGAGGGAUGUUACUCGAGUUCGAAUCCGCCCUACGAACCCAGUACGAAAUCGACAACAUGCUGGAAUUCAACGGCACGCCCACCGUCGAACUCCUAACGCAGAUCAAAGACCUCGCAUAUAAAGUCUACCCCCGCUGGAAAGCUCUCUUGCAGCAGGAACAACGCAAGGAAGACACCAUCUACGAAUGCGGCGAAGGCGCCUACCUGCGCCGAUUCUCCCCCGCCUGGGUCUACACGCGAAUCAUCCACAAGGGUCUGCACCCACUCGGGCGCUUCAAAGAACACGAAGAGGAACACAGACUGCUCUGCGAACUCCUCGAUCAACGGCUCUUCCACGCCGCUCGCCGCGGCGCAUGGUACCAGCGCAAAGCCCUGCUGGAAGAGCACUACAUGUGGGCUCUCCAACCCCACGACGGCCGCAACGAAGAAGCCCAGAGAAAGCACUGGCGCCGCACCGCCCUCCGAACCUGCGAGACGGGCCUCGAGGACCCAAACUGCCACCUCAUCUACCACUACGACCUCCAGAAACGGAUCACCAAGCUCGAAAGAGCCCUUAGAGUCGUCAAACGAGAGCAGCACGACUUCGGCCACGUCAUGCUCUCCAAGCCCCACGAGCGCACUAUCACAGGCAUCCAGAUCGAGCGGGAUGGCCUCUCCCCGGCAGACAACCUCUCCCGUCGCGGCCGUCCCACCAUCUGGGUCGACGACCGCGAAGGCGGCGAAUGUCGUGUCGAAUCUAUGUGUCUGAACUGGUACCGAGACCAAGGCUGGAAGGGAUACCACUCCGAAGGAGGAAUCAUCAAGACACUUUUCACCUACCUCUUCUACGACAUCCUCUUCACCUACGUCCCCAACGUCUUCCAAACGCCCUACCAAACCUGCCCGCUCGAUCUGCACACCGAUGCCUUCUACCCGACCCGCGCCUCGGAGAUCAACCACCGAUUGGUCGAAAUCACCAACGGCGCCGCCGAGCGCAUCAUCCGCGACGUCCACGCGCGCGAAUCUCCCGCCCAGACCUGCGCCAUUGGAUUGGAUUGGUCCUUUGAGCUGCAGGAUCUGGUGGAGGUCGUGAGAUGUUUUCGAGGUGAGGCGCUCGCGGCGGUUUGUAAGGUGCUCGCGCAGGAGUAUGCGCAACGGGGUGGCGGGGUGCCCGAUUUGUUGGUUUGGAAGUAUAAAGGGGGCGAGGUGAUGUUCGUGGAGGUCAAGUCGGAGAGGGAUCGGUUGAGUGAUACGCAACGACUGUGGAUUCAUAUUUUGGUGGCUGCCGGGGUGAGGGUUGAGUUGUGUAAUGCGGUUGCGGGGGAGGUGAGGAGGGAGGGAGGGGGUGGUUUGAUUUGA